AUGUCCAACGCCAGCUCGCGCAGAAUAUCAAUAGCUGCCUUGACAAACACUGUUUCUCAACGAGCUGAAUCUCAUGAUCAUUCUUCAAAUCGACCUACCAAUGUGAAUCCUCCAAGAGCCGAUGAAGAAAAGACAACUAAUGCUACCGUGCAUCCUCGAGAUAGCCUCCCAGGACCACGUGUAUCGGCAGCUCAUGGAUCUUUGUCCGAUCAAUUUCAGCAACAUCGCUCGGACACAUCUACAACCUCUCAAUUUCUACCUCCUGGUCCCUCUUUUGCGGCCAGUGAACCGUUGGACAACGUUCAUCAGCAACACUCCAUGCCACCUCAAAUGGACAGACCGAGCUCAGCAACAGCACCUCAAAACUCAAUCGAAUUCGAAUUCUACACACCUCAGGAGCCAGCCAGAUUGACACAUGUAUCGACAUCUGGACCCGAGCCAUUGCCACUCUCCGCUUAUCCACAUCAAGGGUCUGCACUGGCAGAUUUUGUAUUCGAGCGACCCAGUAGCUCCUCGAAAGCAAAAAAAGAGAAAAAGGCGGCGCCUAGCGGUGAAAGAGCAUCAACGGGCAAGUCUACCCCAAAAGCACCCAAGAAGCCAUCCAAGGACUCGAACACGACCUCCAACUCCCAGGUUGAUUCCCAGACAAGUCAUCAAGUUACGGCAGUCCCCGAGGGUCACCAGGACGCUUCCAUAAGCAUCUCAGUCUCCCACCGUUCACCUUCCCGUAUGCAUACGAAACAGCAAUCUGACUUCAGCCAACAUUCUGUGCCUCCAGACGAAACUACUGCAGAAGACGAUAUCAUGGCCGAUUUAGAUAUGGCCGAGCACACAGGCACAGGGAUGCAGCUUAGCUCUACCCGUUUACCUGAAACGUCUGUCGUGGAUUUCGAAGGCGACCUGGAUAUGGAAAUACUUUCUCCGAUGCCACCGCGCAACCCUGUCCCCGCACCAUCAAACCCUCCCGGACCCAAAAAGGUGGUGAAAAAGUCUGCUUCAUCCUUAUCCAUGGCCACUCCUUCCCCAGCUCCAUCGACCCCAGUACCCGCCCCCGCUGCGAAAAAGACAGCACCCAAAGCGAAGAAGGCUCAAACAGGAGCAAAAGCGGCAGCGACGAAGAAGAAGGCUGAAGGAGGUGCACGUACAAAGGCAGAGGCAUCGAAAGCAAAGUCCAGUGGAGACGAUUGGGCACGAGGUGGGGGUUACGAUGAGGGUCUUGGCAACGCUCGUGAUGGUACACCCUUCUCUGCUGUUCAUGGUGCCGGGGGUAAUCAGGCUGGUGAAGACGGCGAAGAGGAUUCAGAAGAAGUCGACACGAGGCUCUAUUGCAUUUGCCGGGAGAUGUAUGACAACAGGUUCAUGUUGGGUUGUGACAAUUGCGACGAAUGGUUCCAUCCUCCCUGUCUUGGUAUGGAAGACUUUCAAUGUGAUUUGCUAGAGCAUUUUUACUGUGCCAAUUGUCGAAAAGCUGAUCCUUCGCUUGUCACAUCUUGGCGCACAAGAUGUUCCAACGGCCUUCAACACCCAUUUCCAGAGUCUGCAGAUGCCUGUUGGAGAGCGGCCCUGCCACCCUUGUCCAAGUACUGCUCGAGGGAUUGCGGCGUCGAGGCAAUGGAACGAAAGAUAGCUCCCUUUAUUAGAGUCAAGGCUGGGAUCAGUCAACCUCAAGACGUCGACGACGGCUUUGCGUCUAUUCCGAGAACACCGGCUGUGAAGACGGAAAUGACCAGGCUCUGGAAAGGUGUCAAAGAUGCCAAGAAACGCGACGCAGUCGUUGCGACUGUAUCUACACCGCCAUCAAAUUCAGACACGACACCACCCGAGCCAGGAUUGUCCUCUUCGUUUGAAUUUGCGCGUCUUUCACAUACAUAUACCCGACUCGGUCAAGAGCUCAAUACACUCACCCGUGAUCUUCAACUCGGAGCGCGUGACUUGGAAUUCAUCCUCGCGCGGGGUCGGCUCGCAAAGCUGGCGAUUAUGUGGAGUGAUCGACCAGAGAACCUUGCAAGGUGUUGCUUUGAUUCUCGACUAUUGAUGGAAGGGAAAGAAUGGGAAGAGUGGGUACUUGGUGAGGGACGAGGGGUGCUCGAAGGAGGAGUGGACGCUGCUCCUGCACCGGCAAAGCCCAUCGUGACCCCUUCUCAAGUGCAAAACGGGGAUGCUGCAACACCUGGAGGUUCCAAGGAAGAAGACGGGGCCGGGGGUGAGGAAGAGGAGUUUGGGUUGGACAUCGAGGCAGACAGUCCGUGGUGCGAUGGUCGUCGCAAGUGCGAGCGUCACUUUGGAUGGCAAAAGCUCUGUAUGGCAGAGUUUGAACUCAACAAGGGUACAAAGGAGCUUGCAUUGCAACGCAUUGGACAAAAACAAACCGACGUUCAGGCUCGUCUUCAAACGACACAGGCACUUCUUGAAGCUCUCGACUUGCGAAGCCAAGAUGAGGCCCACUUCUUGGACCCGACUGUGAUGAGCGCCCAGGCAUCUGCUGUGCCAGAAAAGGAUCGACGAAAGGUUCCUGAAUAUGCAAAAAGCUGGGGGGACGACGUAGACUAUCCUGCACCGGGUUUGAUCACCGAGGAGCUCGCCCAAAAUGUUGCUCUCGAUUCAAUCUUUGUCAAAUCUGGCGAGCUUAUUAUCCCAGAAAAAUGCGAAGAAUGUCGAAAUCGCGCAAAAGGAUGUGACAGGGCUCGUCCGACGUGUGGCAGAUGUGCAAAGAUAGGAAGGGUUUGCGUCCCGGUUAGUACGGGCUUUGUACGGUUGAGGAAAGGAAGAAGCGGCAAGGCGUUGCCUGCUCGUAUAUGGGCACAGAGCGAGGACCCAGAUGCAGUCCACAAUGAACCAGUGGUCGAAGAACAAGAGACUAGGGCAACAAGUUUGAAGACUGGAAACGAGGGGCAAGCAUCACUGACAAUUGCGCCGUUGCAAGCUUCACAGCAGACCAAAAAGCGCAAACGGGAGAUUAUUGUCCCACAGACUCAGCCAUUUGUCUCUUCGUUGCCUCCAUCGCAAGGCCACUAUGUUGACUAUACCUCUCUUCCACUGCCUUAUCCCCCCGUGGAUCCCACACCCCCCCAGGAUCCUCUGGUCUUUUCAAAGUCCGAUUCUGGUGACAUUCCCAUCGACCCUCAACUAUUGGGCAUUUCAGCCGAGCCCCCGGUGUCAUCAAGCCCGCAGCCGUCAAGCAAACGUCCAAAGCUGUUCUCUUCAACCUCAAAUCUAUCUCUUGACGUCGGUGUAUCUACACCAUCCCUAGUCGACCCCAAUUCGACGCGACAAUCGUCAUUUACGACGAGCGGCUACACUUCGCCUACGACGCCCUAUACCCUGGGAAAUCUCAGUCUUACCAGUCCAACUGACUACUCCCAAACACACGAGGUUUCCCCACUGGCAACGGGGGUCUCUGGGCAAGAUCAUGAGGCACCAAACCACACAGUGUAG